GGGAUGCUCCUCCUUAAGAGUUAUGCUGAAGUAUUUUCAGAUAAGUGAUUUAGGGUUCUUUUUUGUUUUGCUUUGCUUUGUCUUUCACCUUAAAAACAAUAAUUUCACCCUAUAAUAUGAAGGAAAAUAACUUGAGGAUUGUGGCAGGCAGUUAGAGUCUAAUUUGACAAUAGCUCUCUCCAUGGAACUCUGUUUUAUUUACCAAGUGGCCUCAGGUGGCCUGCUUGGGGUAGAGGUGGGGCUGUCAAAGUCACAGUUGUCCUGGUUGACCAAAGAGAUCUGACACCUGGCCACCUCCAAAGUAGCAAAUUUACAGCGAUGGUAAAAUAUGAUUUGCUUCCUUUUAAGCAUUUCUUUUCUCUCUUUCCCACAAAGGCUGUUUUCUGUGAGUCCUUUUAUUUUCUUCAGGGAAAGGGGUAUUAGUGUCUCAAAUGCUGUGUGAUGCCCUUGCCUAAAAGUCUUUCCAUUAACUGAGUUGGCCUGAAGGUCGUAAACCAUAGUCAAUAUGAGGGCUGGUUGCUGCAAGGUGCUUAUUGGCAUGCCCUAAGAGGAGCAGUGUCAACAAUCAAUAGAGGAGACAGGCAUAGGUAGAUUUAUGGCUUUGAUUUUGAAAGGGUGCGGGGAUGCCCAGUGAUGCUCUUUCUGCUCUCGCUCCUUUUGAAUGUUAAUGUUUUUCUUGAGGAUGAUUUUAAGACUCACUGCCAGGAGGAUACUGCCUAUACUCACCGAAGCAGAAGCCUCUGAAGAGUUGCUGAAGCAGAACUGAAACCAUGGCUUGCCUCAAAGAAGCAGCUGUAGUGGCCGCUAACGAUACUUCCCCCAGGAGGAAGAUGCCCCUUUAAUGGGGAUUUUAAUGGGAAGUUUCCAAGCCUGAGACUACAGCUUUGGAGCUGGGGUGUGCCCUCAGCUGCUCGCAGCUACCACUGUCUACUGCUAGAACUCAGCCCAGCCGGCUGGGAAGAAUGGAAACGAGACAGGCUUCUAACUACCUGUAACUGUUUCACCAGGAGAUGGAUCAAGCGUUUGCCCAGCCAGAUCCAGGGAAAUAAGUUGAUAUCAUUGAAGAUUCCUUUGCUGUGUCAUUUACUGCUCUGUGGUCCAGGAUACAUCAGAACAUCACAUCCCCUCAGAGUCAAUGGCCCAUGGACACUAGGGUACCCAGACCUCUGGGAGGAGGAGUGGUUAUAUUCUGGAUGAACAGAAUGCGGUGUAUAAGAUAAACAAAGAGAAGGAUGCUUUGCGAUUACUGAGAUGAGCGAGAGUGACCAACAGUGAGAAUGGGCCUGAUUCCUCGGGGCUGCUUUCGGAACUUCGUACUUUGUCAGUUUCAGAGGUCCCAUGGAGAUUGACUCGAGAAAGGGGGUGUGUUAUAUAAUUUCCCAUGGCGUCUUUGAGCUGAGAUCGUGUUGCUUCAGUAUUAAAAUUAGACUUUAUUUCUUGAGCACACACAAUUGGACCUGGCAGAGAGACGACACAGAUGCUCCAAAUGAUGGGGAGAGCCCACCAGGGCCAGACACCGCUAUAACACAGCCUCUCCCGGGAGCAGCCACCAUGGUCUCUGCAAACUGAGGAUGGAAGAGAGGGGACCCAGGAAACCCUGUCCUCUGGAUUCCCUGGAUGAUGGAGGGAGGACAGCCCCUGCCUUCACCCCUGGUGCCCUCUGGGAACUUGUCAGACUCUAGCAUGUCUCUGGAACAGAAAACAACGUUUGUCUUCGUGGUCUUGUUGCUUAUCUUCCUGGGCAUCCUCAUCGUCAGGUGCUUCCGGAUUCUCCUAGACCCGUACCGGAGCAUGCCAACCUCGACCUGGGCUGAUGGGCUUGAAGGCCUAGAGAAAGGACAGUUUGAUCAUGCCCUGGCUUAGCAGGGACAAAAUAGACUGCCCACCCGAGGGGCCAAAGUGCUUUAUGUUUGUGCAGAGCUUCCUUUUUGUUAGUGUUCUCAACAAAUCGAAUUUUAGCCAUAUCUGGCCCUAGGACAAUGAUCCAUUAUUUCAUAAACUUGCUAUUGUGUUAAAGGUUUCUUAUUUGAGGAUAUUGGAAAGUUUGUAUUACCAAAGCCGGAGUAGGAAGGUACAGACAUUUGUGUUUACUCAGUCAAUGAAUAUUGUUGAAGAUGUGAUGGUGAAACCAAGAGCACCAACACUAGACUCCACUAUCAACUGAAGCAGUCUCUGAUCAGAACAGAGAACUGACAAUUAGAAAAUCUGAUGUGAGCCAGAGGACCAAGCCGAGAAGAGGCCACCUUUGUCAAAUCAUGCCUCUGUUUUAUUCUGUACACAUUUAAGUUCUGGGCAGAGCGACAAAGCCAGUGCAGAGACAACCACAAGCUGGCACUUACUUUCUCCCAAAGCGGGGAGCGCUAAGAAGCAGCGGUGGGCUUAGGAAAGAUAGUUAUUUACUUGGUGACCCUGGAUGAGAAUGCUGUCAUUUUCAUUUUUAAGUAACAUUAGACUCAAAAGUUUACCAAGUUUUGAAAUGAUCAGGCUUCAUCUAGUCUCUGUAUUCCUAUGGCUAAUACCUGCAGAGGUAUAAUACCUGCACUGAGGUAUAAUUCAUUCUCUUUACAUUUCUGAUGGAACGAAUGGGUUACAAGUGCAGCUUCAAGGUUUUGUUUUUAAAGGAAGUUGGCCACCUAGUGAGAAGACAAUGGUUAUAAGAGGAGUAUGUGUUUAUAUCUAUAUAUGGCUAUCGAAUAAAAAAUUUCAAAAUGCA